GUCAUCGAUACGAACUGAGCAUCUCGAUUGUUCGAAAACUCCGAGAAGCGGCUCCAUUCCCAUUCUGAAGAUGUCGGAGUGAAAACGUUGAGUCGUGAGUUUGAGACAUGGCUGGCGGUGGUGGAGAAGUGAGGAAACGGAAGAAUGCGCCCAUAUCAACCCAAUCCGUAGAUUCUACGGUAGGGGAAGCAUCGCCAGAGGUUUCCAGCUCAAGUGACGAUCUACCCGCCCCGGAGAAACGAAAAGAUGAGGGGCUCUUCUUCACAUCGAAAAGGAAUCUCUUCAGCAUUCGAAUCACGCUCGACGGACCAUCGAUUGGUCUUUUCGUUCUCGCUUUGGCCAUGCGUCUGUACCGAUUGGAGUUCCCACGAUCUGUCGUGUUCGACGAGCUGCACUUCGUCAAGUACGCUUCGCUAUACGCAUCGAACACCUUCUUCUUCGACUCGCAGCCGCCUCUCGGAAAACAGAUAAUCUCCAUGGUGGCUUACCUCUGUGGUUUCCGGAACUCGCAGCUCGAUCGGAUCGGAGGGGAGUAUCCCGCCGAAGUUCCCGUUUUCGCGCUGCGUCUCGUCCCAGCGCUAUUCGGGUCCUUGCUGAUACCAUUGUGCUAUAAGAUUUGUCUGCUCCUGGGUUUCUCACAGCCUUCGGCCACAUUGGCGGGCGUUCUCCUGCUCACUGACACCGCGCUCCUGACGCAGAGUCGAUUUGUUUUAAUGGAAGCGAUUCUGAUAUUCUUUGCCAUGCUCGGCCUCUUCUGCACACUAAAGUUCCGUCAGUUGCCUCGGAAUGAAGUUUUCGGGCCGGCCUGGUGGACGUUCCUCAUCGGAGCAGCUGCUUCGUACGGAUUCGCCUUGUGCGUGAAAAAUGUUGGGGCAUUAUCACUGCUUCUCGGAAUUUACAUUCUAUUGCGCGACCUCUGGGAGAUGCUUUCCGAUCGGUCCGUCACGGAUCAAAUGCUAGCGAUUCACACCCUGAUUCGGGCUGCGGUAAUUACGAUCGUCCCCUUGUCCAUCUACAUCGGGGUGUUUUAUAUUCAUCUGAGUAUUCUGACUAAGGCUGGACCCCACGAUACGAUUAUGACCAGCGGAUUCCAAGCCAGUCUCGAGGGAGGACUCGCAAGCAUCACGAAAGGUCAGCCGAGUUAUAUCGCCCAUGGUUCGCAGAUCACCUUGAGACAUUCUCUGGGCAGAACUUGCUGGUUACAUUCCCACAACGAGGUCUAUCCUCUACGGUACCCGGAUGGACGCGGCUCGUCCCACCAGCAGCAGGUGACCUGUUACUCAUACAAGGACGUGAACAAUUGGUGGAUCGUGAAGAGACCCGGGAUGAAUGAGUUGGUCGUUGAUGAACCGAUCGAUCGUAUCAAACACGGAGACGUAGUCGAGUUUGUUCAUGGAAUCACAAUGAGAUUGCUGAACUCCCACGAUGUGGCAUCUCCGCUCAGUCCUGCCCUCCAGGAAGUGUCUUGCUACAUCGAUUACAACAUCACUCGCUUCCCUCCGCACACGCAGUGGAGAGUGGAAAUUCUCAAUCGAGACGCCAUAGGAGACUAUUGGGCGACGAUCCACUCGCAAGUUCGCUUUAUCCAUGUGGAUUCCGGGCAAGCUCUGAAGUUCUCAGGGAAACAACUCCCAGAUUGGGGUUUCAAUCAGCACGAAAUAGUCACAGAUCGAGUGAUCGAUCAGGAUGACACCAUUUGGAAUGUCGAGGAACACAGGUACACGAAAAAGAAAGACGACAAAGAAAGAGAAUUGGACAUGGUCACUGCAGAGUUCGUCCCUCUCGAGCCAACCAGGCUUUCGUUUUGGCAGAAAUUCGCCGAACUUCAGUAUAAGAUGCUGAUUGCCGACAAUGAGAAUGUGGAAGAUCACAUGUUCGCAUCUUCCCCGGUAGAGUGGCCAUUCCUCCUCCGAGGGGUCGCCUACUGGAUAAGUCCGGACUCGAACGCUCAAAUUUUCCUUCUCGGAAACCCCAUCCUAUGGUGGACCGGAAGCCUAGCAGUCCCAUCCUUCGCCUCAGUUUUAUUGAUUUUACUCCUAAGAAGGAGGCGGAUGUGUUACGACAUUCCUGAAGACAUGUUCCGGUCGGUAUUCCUCAUCACCGAGGUUUUGGUCGGAGGCUUCUUGAUCCAUUAUUUGCCAUAUUUCUUCUGCGAUCGAUCUCUGUUCUUGCAUCACUAUCUCCCAGCCGCUGUCUUCAAACCUCUCCUCAUCGCGGCGCUCAUCCAAUUCGUCGACCAGAUACUCAGCACUCUCGUGCCUACUCGAUACUCUUGGAUGCGGCGGUCGUUCUACGUGGGAGUUUUCUCGUGGCUCGUCGUCGUCAUCUGGGCUGCAUUCCAUUUCACAACAUUCGCUUACGGCGGCCAGGCACUCUCCGCACAAGAGCUCGAGCGACUCCGAUGGCUCGAAUCCUGGCAGUUCAUCAUCCACAAAAAAUAACACAAGAAAGGCCAUGCCUAUAGGGAGGACCAGUUUGCUCUGAGGCAUUUCAUUAUUUAUUGAUUUAUUUAUCCAUACGAACCGCAUCCGAGAUCGCGAGCGACAGAUUGUGUAAGCCAAUCGUGUACAGUUUCUUGUACAUAUACAUAAUAUGGUCAUGAUGUCCUGAUGUUGGAAAAAUGACGAAGCAAUAAAAUCA